GAUGAACAGGAAGCACUAGUGAGCCAAAUUACGAUCUGUGCCAACGCCCGGUUGCAUAGAAGAAGCCAGCGUUAGCCAGUAGACCUUCCGAGGGCCACAGGACUGUCGCCAUCCCUACCACAAAGAAACGAGAUGCAGACCAUCAAAUGUGUGGUGGUGGGUGAUGGAGCAGUGGGAAAAACUUGUCUACUGAUUUCAUACACCACCAACAAAUUCCCAUCUGAAUAUGUACCAACAGUGUUUGACAACUAUGCAGUAACUGUUAUGAUCGGGGGUGAACCAUACACCCUUGGCUUAUUUGACACAGCAGGUCAGGAAGAUUAUGACAGGUUACGACCACUAAGCUACCCACAGACAGAUGUCUUCUUAGUCUGCUUCUCAGUUGUUUCGCCGUCAUCAUUUGAAAAUGUCAAGGAAAAGUGGGUUCCUGAAAUUACUCACCACUGUCCCAAGACCCCAUUCCUAUUGGUAGGCACUCAGAUUGACCUGCGUGAUGACCCUUCCACUGUGGAGAAGUUAGCCAAGAACAAACAGAAGCCAAUCACCCCGGAGACAGCAGAGAAGCUGGCCCGUGACCUAAAGGCCGUUAAAUACGUGGAGUGCUCAGCCCUUACACAGCGGGGACUGAAGAACGUAUUUGAUGAGGCUAUCCUAGCCGCUUUAGAGCCCCCUGAAACUCAAAGAAAGAGAAAAUGCUGUUUGUUCUGAUGUCUUCUUGACUCUUGCUUUGCCUCUCAAUUGUCUGCUGCUUACUCAUUGUAAAGAAACGUCUGUUAUCAAGCUAAUUACAGUACUCCUAAACAUACAAAAGAAAUGUUCACAAACAUUUUAUACUUCUGUUCAUGUGCACUUUGGUUUCAACUCGGCCUAAUCACCAUUCUCACACAGGCGGCCUGAUAUGACAAAGUGCCAAACUUAAGUUCUACUUUAAUGCACGCAUGUCUCUGCCACAGGGCACAUUACGGUUUUUGUUUACCUUUGCUUUGUGUUCAUAUCUAAGUAGUGUCCUACAAAGCAUUUACCUACAUUCUGUCUAUCAGACAAUGAGAACACGUUCUUUUCUACUACAGCAUCUUCAGUUGUGUGGCAUUCCCUAGUCCUUUCACAGCAAGCUUGAUAAUGGGGUGGGGGGUGUCUUUUUAUUUGAAUAAAGAAACAUCUGGAUUUCCUCAUUGCCUCUCCACCCGGCUUCCUUUUUGCUAAGAGGCCAGCAGAUGUUGCCCUGUCUUUGUGUCAUAGCUUUAUUUUGAAUAUGGAUGUUUUGUUUCCACAGAAAGGAUUAAAGAAUGUGUUUGAUGAGGCAAUACUGGCUGCCCUGGAGCCCCCUGAACCUAAGAAAAGACGUAAAUGUGUUCUGCUCUAAGUUUCGUCUCGUCAGCCUUCUCUGCACCACUUUCUAGGUUAGCAGCACUCUUAAGGUUUGCAUCACAGCAACAUUUCUUCACAAGUCAAAAUAUCAUAAAAUAUUUGCCUCCUGACUUAACCUAAAUACAUAUUUAGUGUGUUGAACAUGAUUAACAAUUGAUGCUGUUUAGUGAUGAGUUCAUACUGAUAAAUUGGCCUUACAUGAUGUGAUUGACUUUUUAAAACGUAUUGACAUGUCUAGACAACAGUUAAGCUCCAAGUCUACAGAGUGGCUGCUUUUAUCAAAUGGUAUUCUAACUCUGUGAAAGCACUAAGUAGAUAAUGAGUUGAGUGCAGGUAGUUGCUGCUGAUUCUAAGAUUCUAGUAAUAACUUGCAAUGUGAACACUCGCCACAAAGUUCUCAUCAGCUCUAAUUGAAGGUAUAUUUGUCUUGAAUAUUUAACAGAAGUGCUGAUAUAUCACUUUGUAGAUGCAGUAUUUCAGUGCAGAGACUGAUGCCAGUGUGAAAGUACUUGCUGGCCCACAUGGCUUCAUUACAUCAGAUAGCGACACAGCGUGACACUUCUUAGAAAACUCGAUAUGAUUCCAUAUCCUGUGAAGAUUUCUAAAUGCCAGAAAUAGUGUUUUGUCUUCUAUAUCCAUUCCUAGAUGUGGGCUUGAUUAAUCUGUACAUAUAGUGAGAAUUACUCAUAACUUAUUGACUGAUGAGUGUGCAUUUCUGAUGCAGAAAGUUGAAGUUCAGAUGAUGCAAAGUAUUGAUUCCAAUCAAGGUUGGGUUUCUUUUUGUUCAAUUUGACAAGCUGUACUGUAUUUUCCUUGUGAUAAAACAUCACAAUAAACAAGUAUUAUGAAUAGACUUCCAA